AAUACUACACUUCUCCAUCACAAAAAAAUUAUCAAAGGUAAGUAAAAUGGGUGACCUUCACUCCAUUGCUUACAGCAACACUAGCUGCUCUUCCCUAGGAGGUUGGGAUUUCCAUGACCUUCAAGUUUUCAACACUCCAUUUAUGGAAAACACUCCACCAUUUCUGUCCAAUCUUGAUUCUGACUUCUCCAGUGGCUAUCUUCAAGAUGCUUUAUUCAAAUUCAGUUCUAAAAGAAGACGUUUGUUAUUGUUUGAUGAUAAUGAGAAUUAUCAAACUAAAGAUUCAAACAAUUCCAUAAAGAAUUUGUGGAGUUCCAACAUGGACCAACAAUUUUCUGAGGAUUAUGAUUCCUUUAGCCAGAUAACUAAGUGUGAUAGCUUUUCGGGGGAUCCUAUGAGCAAAAUGAGUGAGGAAUAUUCCAAUAUUACAACAGAUGUGAAAAGAACAGAGGAGGAAGCCAUCUCAGCUUCUCAUGAAACUAACUAUUAUUCUUCAGCAUCAUCUCAUCAUCAAAAACUCAACACUCAACACUCCAAUUCUGAUAAACAAGCCCUACCACAAUACCCCAGUUUUCCUACUGGAGGAAGUGAUCAAAAGAGAUCAAAGAAAAGGAUGGCAGCAAAAGUUGUGUAUCCAUUUGGCGUAGUGAAGCCAGGAGGACAGGAAGGGGACGUGACAUUAAACGACAUCAACGAGAGGAUUCUGAUGAGGCCGACCCGACCGGUAAGGCAUCCGGUCGGAGAUUUUGCCUGUCGGCCAAUAGUAUCACCGACCGGACCGGGGUUGUCCGGCAAGACUGUGGUGGCGCUCACUAAAAUUCAUACCCAAGGGAGAGGGACAAUAACGAUUAUAAGGACUCGAGGUUGAGCAAAUAGAGGACCUAGGAUUGACUAGUCAAUUUUAUUUCUAGAGGAGGGGUGUGGGUAGGGAAUUCAGAAUUUUGGAGGAAAAUGUGUAGUUAAUUUUCUUUCGGGGGGUAAAAAGCAAGUUUAUAUAAAAUGUAUAGAUAUGGAGGUAAUUAAGUGGAUGUAUAGAUCAUAGUUACUCCUAUGUUUGUUCGUGAACAUUAGAAUGAAACAUGUUUUGCUUUAGAUUUACUUCUGACAAUGAAAGAUUUCCUAA